AUGAUCUUGGGGAAAAAACCAGUAUCACCAACAUGGCCAGGACGUCCAACUUUAGUGAGCCCUGAUGGGCAGCCGUCCAUCAUUUCACCGCUCUGGCUUCCUCCCGGGCUCCUCCUCUGGGUACCUCCAAGCCUCUGCCUUUUCACAAACAAAAUGGAUUCCAACAGCUCUUCCAUCUGUAUGAUCUACAAAGACCUGGAGCCAUUUACAUAUUUCUUCUACUUGAUCUUCCUCGUUGGAAUUAUUGGGAGCUGUUUUGCAGUCUGGGCAUUCACCCAGAAAGAUGCAAACCCCAAGUGUGUGAGCAUAUACUUAAUUAACUUGCUCACGGCAGAUUUCUUGCUCACUCUGGCACUGCCAGUGAAAAUUAUUGUCGAUUUGGGAGUGGCCCCCUGGAAGUUAAAGAUUUUCCACUGCCAAGUGACCGCCUGCCUCAUCUACAUUAACAUGUACUUAUCAAUUAUAUUUUUAGCCUUUGUCAGCAUGGAUCGCUGCCUCCAGCUGAUACACAGCUGCAAAAUUUACAGGAUACAAGAGCCUGGCUUUGCCAAAAUGAUCUCCAUAGUGGUGUGGCUGAUGGUGCUCCUGAUCAUGGUACCCAACAUGGUGAUUCCGAUCGACGACAUUCAAGAGAAGCCGACGGUUGGCUGCAUGGAGUUCAAAAAGGAGUUUGGGAGGAACUGGCACGUACUCACUAAUUUCAUAUGUGUGGCAAUAUUCCUAAACUUCUCGGCAAUCAUCUUAAUAUCCAACUGCCUCGUCAUCCGACAGCUCUACCGAAAUAAAGACAGCGAGAACUACGCGAAUGUGAAGCGGGCUCUGAUCAAUAUACUCCUGGUAACUGGCAGCUACAUUAUCUGUUUUGUCCCUUACCACAUUGUGAGGAUCCCCUACACUCUAAGUCAGAGCAAUGUCAUCACAGACUGCCCAACCAAGAUCUCACUCUUCAAAGCCAAGGAAGCGACCCUGCUCUUAGCGGUAUCGAACCUCUGUUUCGACCCUAUUCUGUACUAUAAUCUCUCAAAGGCAUUCCGGUUAAAAGUGACUGAGACAUUCGCAUCACAUAAGGAGACGAGCGUCCCCCAAGGAAAACCAAGGCACACGAGCGAACUAUAA